CCGGCCGGCCGGCGGUGCCCGGGCAGAGCCAUGAGGGGCCCGCGGGCGGCCCUGGCGCUGCUGCUGGCGGCGGCGCUGGCCCCGCGGCCCGCCCGGCCGCACCCGCAGUGCCUGGACUUCAAGCCGCCGUUCCGGCCGCCGCGGGGCCUCGCCUUCUGCCGCCGCUACGCCGAGUUCGGCUGCUGCGACCCGAGCCGCGACCGCGCCCUGCUGCAGCGCUUCUACCGCCUCAGCGCCGGCCUCGACGAGCGCAGCUACGCCGCCUGCUCCGGGCACCUGCAGGAGCUGCUCUGCCAGGAAUGCUCUCCAUAUGCAGCUCACUUGUACGACGCUGAAGAUCCCUCCACCCCCGUGCGGACGAUACCAGGACUAUGCCAGGACUACUGCACGCAGGUGUGGCGCAGCUGCCGCUCCAUUUUCCGCACUCUUUCCGCAGACCCGGAGCUAAUUGCACUGGAAAACAACAUGGCAAAGCUCUGCCGCUACCUGUCCCUGGAGGACACCGACUACUGCUUCCCACACCUGCUGGCCAACCAGAACCUGAACCAGAACCUGGGGCUGGUGACCGCUGACGCGGAGGGCUGCCUGCAGCUCUGCCUGGCGGAGGUGGCCAACGGGCUGCGCAAUCCCGUGGCCAUGGUGCACGCCAACGACGGCACGCACAGGUUCUUCAUCGCCGAGCAGGUCGGCCUGGUGUGGACCUACCUCCCCGACGGAUCCAGGCUCGAAAAGCCAUUUCUGAACAUCAGCGAAGCUGUGCUUACCUCGCCUUGGGAAGGAGAUGAGAGAGGGUUUCUGUGUAUUGUCUUCCAUCCUAAAUUCAAAUUUAAUGGUAAAGUGUACGUCUACUACUCAGUUGAAGUUCGUUAUGAAGAGAGAAUCCGAAUCAGUGAGUUCAGAAUUUCUCCUACUGACAUGAAUGCCUUGGACCAUGGUUCUGAAAGGAUAAUCCUUGAAAUAGAAGAACCUGCUUCCAACCAUAAUGGAGGAGAGCUGCUCUUUGGAGAUGACGAGUAUCUCUAUAUUUUCACUGGAGAUGGAGGCAUGGCUGGGGAUCCUUUUGGCACCUUUGGAAAUGCCCAGAACAAAUCAGCCCUGCUGGGCAAGGUGCUGCGGAUCGAUGUGAACAACAACGACCGCGGGCCGCUGUACCGCAUCCCGCCCGACAACCCCUUCGUCGGCGACCCCGCCGCUCGCCCCGAGGUCUACGCCUACGGAGUGAGGAACAUGUGGCGCUGCUCCUUCGACAGGGGGGACCCUCGCACCAAGGCAGGGAAGGGGCGGCUCUUCUGUGGAGAUGUGGGGCAGAAUAAAUACGAAGAAGUCGACAUCGUCGAGAAAGGGAAAAAUUACGGCUGGAGGGCAAGGGAAGGGUUCAGCUGUUAUGAUAAGAAACUUUGCACCAAUUCUUCCUUGGAUGACGUGCUUCCAAUUUACGCAUAUCCACACAAAAUGGGGAAAUCCGUUACAGGAGGCUACGUCUAUCGAGGCUGUGAGUCUCCAAACCUGAACGGCCUGUACAUAUUUGGUGAUUUUAUGAGUGGACGCCUGAUGUCUUUGAAGGAGGAUCAUGCUACUGGAGAGUGGAAGUACAGUGAAAUCUGCAUGGGGACAGGACAAACAUGCAUGUUCCCUGGGCUUAUCAAUAACUACUAUCAAUACAUCAUCUCCUUUGCUGAAGAUGAAGCAGGGGAAUUGUACUUCCUAUCUACUGGUGUACCAAGUGCCACAGCUCCCAAUGGAGUGGUGUACAAAGUGGUGGACACUUCCAGGACAGCACCACCAGGAAAAUGCCAAGUUGAGCCAUCGCCAGUGAAAGUCAAAAGCAAGCGCAUCCCGUUUGUGCCAAAGGAGAAGUUCAUCAUGAAAGCACCACCACCACAUCCCGGGCUGAAGACCACGACGGAGCCCCCGUGGCGAGGCGCCCCCGACCCCCGAACCCCGGCGCUCCCCGGGCCCCGGGUGAGGACGGGCAGCACCGCAGCGCCCCGGGGCAGAGCCCCCCGGCCCGGGACGGGCACGGAGGAGAGGGGACAGCGCAGGAAGAAGAAGAAGAAGCAGCAGCAGCGCCCCGGCAAUGGCGCCGUGCGGCUGAUGCGGCAGGGCCGGCGCGGCCGCGGCCGCGGCACGGUGGAGGUUUUCAUCGACGGCAGCUGGGGCACGGUGUGCGACGACGGCUGGAGCUUGCCCGCCGCCGCCGUGGUGUGCCGCCAGCUCGGCUUCCCCUCCGCGGAGCGGGCCGCCAAGAAGGCGGAGUUCGGGGAAGGGAGCUCCCUGCGCAUCCUGCUGGAUGAUGUGCAGUGCUCCGGGCAGGAGAGGACGCUGCUGGAGUGCUCGCACGCCGGGGUGGGCACGCACAACUGCGCGCACGAGGAGGAUGCUGGCGUGGUGUGCAGCCGGCAGGAGGUGACAGACCGGUGACAAGGGCCCGGGGAGGCAGCUGAGGGACUUGGAGACAUCCCUCCUUUGCCCAACCCUCCAAACCAGCUGCAGUAUUGAGGAGGGUGUGCCCUGCCCUGCUGCAUCAGAUCAAAGUAAUCUCAUGUUUUCUUCAUGUUCAUCCCCAUGCAUUUGCCUCAGAGGGGAAAAAAAAAAAAAAAGAAAAAUGAAGCACUGAAUUGAAUAUGUUGUGGGCAGGGGCCGCAUUUCUAUGGGGUUUUUUUGUAGGAAAAAACCUCCAAGCAUCAGCCUUUAUAGAUCUGAAAAGAGAUGCAUCCUGUUGCCCUUUCCCAUUUCAAAAUACAGCAUUCUUCAGCUGUGCAUCACAAUGUUUUGCCAAAAAAUAAAUUCCCGAGUGACCGUGUUUCACUCUUAUGGAAGCAUUUGCAUAGUUUGCCUUGCUUUGCCAUGUGCAGCUCUAAGCUGAGGUUUCUAAGGAUGUGCCUUUCUAAAUAUGUGCCUUUCUUUGCAAAUUACAAAAUUAUUUAUAUUUUUUUUUAAGCUUCCACUCACUAGUUUAAAGGAAAAUUAUUUUUCUGUAAUGCUUUUUAUUGGUGUAAACCUAUUGGUCAUCAAGGAUAAGCAAAAUCAGGUGAUUUAGAAGAACUCCUAGUGUACUGCAUGGAAAAUAUUUCUGCAGUUUAUAUUAGCCUAAGUGAAAAGAAAAUCUAACCCCUUUUACAUGAACAGGAUUGAAAAUCUGUCCCUUUUUAGAUGCACAGGAUCAUUAUCCAGUUUAGCUCUGAAGACACUGUUGUACAUGUUUUUCCACUUUCCCAAACUUUAUGAAGGCACAUGUUUUUCCAUUCAGUUUUUCACAGGUGUGAAUGGUUAGACAAGAGGUAAUGCACUGAGGCAAUAUUUAAUAAAUAAUAAUAUUUAGCCCUUUUUAGAGGAUAUUAAAAAAAAGCAAACAAAAGCAA